UACGUGUCACUCGUCUCUACUGUCCGACUGCCCUUUCGGCUGACAUCCGAUUUAUAGCCGAUUCAUGCUCGGCAUGCGUCUCCUGCCAAGAGAGUGAGGAGGGAAUACAAGAGAAGGCGAGAGAAACGCGUACCUUCUAAUUAGAGUGGGCUGAUGCAUCGGCGACGAUGCAUCGUUAGAAAAGCGAAGACCAUGCGAUGCACAUGCCGCGUAUCGAUCAGCCAAGAACGCGUGCUACUGGCUCGCGUCUCUGAACGCGUCAAACUGAACGGAUAUAAGUCGACGAGGCGAGUUCUAAUCACGGCGACUUAACAAUCAAAGGGUAUUGCUGGACGGAUAAUACGAGAGGAAUGAGUGCUGUAGUCGUGCAACUCAUCUUCGGAAGUUUCCUUGGACACGAGUUUGUUCGAGGAUCGGCAGGAGGCGUCGUCGCAUGGACGUCCCGCUUUUCCCAGCGCCUCCGACGAUCGACGGCGCUGCUUUCCCGCUCAGAGACGUUCCGGACGUCGCAGCGUCGAGACGAGCGACGCCGCCUCUUCCGUUUGUCGCGUAUAAGCGUCAUGUCCUGGCCGACGGUCUCCCGCGAAGUUCCUCGCGCUGCACCCGGAAGCGGUACUUCGUCCGCAGGAACCUCGUUCAUCCGAGACCCUCGAGGGAAGGAGCCCGCGCUCGCCGUCGUGUGACCGAGCUUCGAUUCAGGAUGACUCGUAGACAGGAUCAUGACGGCGACGACGACGUCGACGUCGUUUGUGCCAGUGGCACGUCAAGUGUCAUUUCUGGAUUUGAUAGCGGACGUCCUGGGGAACUAUCCAUCUCGACAAGAUCGAUCGCUGUUCAGGCGUCUUGUGGAAUACCCUACAGACUCCGCGUCAUACCGGUUUGGAAGGACUUUGUUGAGGAGAGUAGCGGUCCCAUAUCUGAUCCUAAAGAAUCCUCUAGGAUUGCCAAAUACCUACGAUUCCUGGGACGCCUCUCAUUGUGUCAGAUAGGACUGACCGCGCUGUUGAUUCUGUGGGCACUCGGUGGGGCUGCAUCCUUCUACGCGACGGAAGGGCCACGAGAAAGAGAGCAGGUCGUAGAAUUGAAAGAUAUGCAGCGUGACCUGGCCAUAGGUCUGGCGACAGAAUUACGCCAAUUGAGAAGCCAGGAUCGCGAAGUCGAGCCAAUCUGGAGUAACAAAGUGCAGCAGUACGUUGCCAAACACGAGGAAUUACUCCUGGCAGCUGUAAAUGCAGGCUACGGAGAGAGUGGAGGUCAAGGACAAAUCUGGACCUUUCCCGGAUGUAUUCUCUUUGCGAUAUCACUCCUGACUACCCUCGGUUUUGGAGCUCCAGUGCCUCGGACGACUCCAGGGCGCAUUGUAACAGUUGUAUUCGCAGCCAUUGGGAUACCAGCGCAUUUUCUUCUGGUGCUGAACAUCGGCAUACUCUUGGCAAUUAGACUCCGAAGAUACGCCGUUCUUCGACAGAGGCGGCGUCAAACUGACAAACAACACGGGAAUAGGAACGACAUCGGGGACGAGGCCGAAGAGGGUCUUCUAUUAUCGAAGUGGGUUAAGUUGCUACCCUUCGUGUUCAUCGGCGCGUACUACCUUCUUGGUAUCAUCGGUUUCGGAGUAGGACGAGCUCGACCAUUCGCGGCCUGUUUACUCUUCCCAUUGGACUUCACUGUAGCCGGUGGUCUCGCGACAACUUCCGGUCCCGUUCGAAUAAUCUACGCCAUCUACCUGGAAGGCGCUGUUACUAUAGCUGCAGUCGCUGUUGCAAUUUUACGUGUAUCUGCAACACAAAGUCUCACUAACGUGGGCUUGAAGUACGGCCUGCUGACGGACGCUUGACCUGCAGCCAUAUCUACGAUUUUCUAUUAAUAAUAAACGACAAAAGAUAUAA